UCUUUCUUAUCCAAACUGCUCAUGAAGAAAAAAUGGAAACUACCGAGCAGAUAAAGGAAGAGAAGAAUGCCCCCGUGGUGAUCCGAGCAGUUGGUCGAGACGAAGAGGGUAGAAAGAAGGUUGAGAAGGCGGAAGUGCCGUCUCGGAACAUGGGCACCAUCAAGUACGUUGAAAAGAAGUUACAGGACAAAGGGGUGCAACGUAUGGACCGACAUCCGGCUAGUGGGAUUGGGAUUGGUCGGCCGCCGCCCAAAUCGGGACGUGGAGGGAAGUACACGUGGGAAGGACCUGAUGACAUGAUGGAGAACGAGCUGUCACCGGUGCCUGCAGCCAUCGAUGAGAAGGAUCCUAACUACGUGGAUGAGGAAGAAGAAGGGAGGAUUUUGAGGGGUGAAAAGAGCGACGUGAGUGGGUUUGUGGUGGGGGAAGUGGAAGUGACUAAAACAGCUCAGGACCGUGAUGGGGUAGCUCGAGUUGAGGUUGACGCUCACUUGAUGCCUAAUUAAACUACUAUUUCAUAUCAAGCUUUCUUUCACUUAACCUUGCUUUUCUGUUUGUUUGAUCAAAAUAUAGAGGAUACUCUAUAUUAUACGGGCUUAAAUUGUAAAUGUAUCUUCCUAUCUUAAUUAACCAACUUUUCAGUUUCAA